CACACAUCCAACUUGAACAUACACAUACAGACAAGCAGGUAGGCAGAGGAGCAGACCUGAAACUUAACACACUCAUUCAACUCUCACACACUCAGUCAACAGCAGCAGCAGCAGCAUGUUCCGGUGGAGGCUCCCCCAGGCAGUGUGUGUGCUGUCAGCGUGUGUGUGUCUGGUUCUCGCAUAUGAGGAUGAUUUUGAGGUCAACUACGCUGACACCUACUACAACGAAAUCACAGACGGAGAUACACCAGAACCCACAGCAAGUUCAUCCCCGUGCAAUUCUCCAGACCUGACCAAAUGGGACAAGAUGUUCUCCAUGCUGGAGAACAGUCAGAUGAGGGAGAACAUGUUACUUCAGUAUGCAGAUGACAUCAUCAAGGUGGAGAUGGGGUCCCUGCGUGGAGAAAUGCUCAGGUUUGUAGCCCAGUAUGGUGGCUCCUGUGGGGUUGCAGUGGAGACAGCAGGAAGAAGGAUGGCCUUGCAGCUGGAGGGCCGACUGAGAGAAACCUUGGAGCGCCUCAGAUCCAGAGAUCAGACUUCUGCUUCUGCCGCCGCUGGGAAUUCUGUCGGGAAUUCCAACCACCUGGAGACGAUGCUGCAGCAGCUCCUCUCUGCGUCACGAGCACAAGCUUCCCGACUCUCCAAACUGGAGACCAAUUGCUUCAGCAGCCCGGGAGCAGGGCUGAGGAUGAAUACAAAGACUGCAUCCCAGCUUCCAGAAGCUGCAGGGGCAGGGCCCCGGGAGCAAGAGGUCACAUCACAUGAGGUGGCUCUAGAAGGAGUGCUGGCUGCGCUGCAACAGACGAGGACGGAGCUGGGGGAGGUGCUGAGGUCAUCGAGGCAAAGAUACCUACCCGCAGGUUGUGAGAUGGCGCUUCUCUUCCCCAUGCGUUCCCGCCGCAUCUACACCUCCGUCAUCCCAGAUGUCCCUCUCUCCAUCUCCUCCUUCACCGUCUGCAUGUGGGUGAAGCCGACCGUUGUCACCAACAAAACCGUGCUGUUCUCCUACGGAAACCGCCGCAACCCGUACGAAAUCCAGCUGCUGCUCGGUCAAACCUCUGCGCUCUUCACCAUCGGAGGAGAGGCUCACCUGGUGGAGGCCCGGGGUGUGGUGAGCCCCGGAGGCACAUCAGACUGGAUCCACUUGUGCGGGACGUGGUCGUCCGAGCAGGGCCUGGCGUCGCUGUGGGCAGGUGGGAAAAAGGUGGCCGGCACACCCGGAGUUGCCGAGGGACACGUCUUACCCGACGGAGGCUCACUCCAGCUGGGGCAGGAGAGGAACGGCUGCUGCCCCGUGUCUCCAAGCAGCGGGAGCGGAGUGGCAGGGUUCGAGGGAGGGUUCGAUCCCAAGAUGGCGUUCGUGGGGAAGAUGACAGGAGUGAACAUGUGGGACAGGGUGCUGUCAGGGGAGGAGAUCUCCAAGCUGGCUUUGAGGGAGGGUCAGGGCUGUGAUCAGCGGGGGAACAUAGUGGCGUGGGGAGUGACGGAGAUGGUGCCACACGGAGGCGCUCAGUUCAUCAACUAACAGAUUCCUCGCGGUGGAAAUUUGCAUCAUCAUCAUUAUCAUCGUCGUCGUCAUCAUCUUUGUGAUUAUCAGCAACAUCGUAAUAAGCUUUCACGCUGAAACUGAAGAGAGCAACUUACAGCUGCUUUUAUCAUCUUUGUCCCUAUAGUUAAACGUUUUCAUUAUAACAUCAUCGUUAUUUUAUUCAUCAUCUCCAUCGUUAUCGUCAUGAAAAUUUAUGCUGCAAUGAACUUUACUGGACAUGUUCAAAUGAGAGAAAGCCAAUGCUGUGAGAGACUGAAGUUUAUUUUUUUUAUGUAACUUUUUGAUCCGAGGCCAUAAGACACACACAAGCAUGUGCACGCACAGGUACAUGUGCACGCACACACAAUCGCACACACAUACACUUACAUUCAGCUUAGAAAACUUGUAUUGUAGCAGGAGAAGUGCUGCAUUUACCAAAGACUCAAUUAGACUGCAAGAAAGACAAAGAGUCUAUUGUUAGAGUGAACGGGUUCUGAGCCAGUAAACAGAGUAAUCACCAGACAGCCAUGCACGAGAGGAAAAUGAGAGGUCGCAGACAAUUACAAGAGAUUAUCUUGCAACCGUAGAGUGGUGCAGUUUUUAGAAUUAUCCUGCAUUUUCUGUCCUAUCUAGAUUUGUGCAGAGAGAGAUAGUGCCGUUUAUCGAUUAUCAAUACAAAACCCACAAAACAGGUCUUGUAGGUACAAUGGCUCAAUGUUGGAAAUGGACUGUCAUCUAUCCCCUUUACAACUGAAAGCUAAUUAUCAUACUAAUGUGUUAAUAAUGUGUUGACAUGUGUGACUGAAAACUGCUGUACUUACUUUCAUCUCAAGCAUGGAAAACCAGCAACUCUGCAAUCAGCUUCAAACUAAAUCAUUCUAGCAACAUAUUAUUUCAUUCACAUAAUUUUCUUACAAUUUUUUUGGAAAGACUUCCUUUGCAUUUCCAAACGUGUACUUAUCGACGUGUUUACAUUCAUAUGAGUUAUAUUAUUCCUGUUCUGCUUUGUUUUUUUUGUCAGUAGUUCUCGUUUACUUUUAGGGUAAUAUAUGUGUGCCUUUUUUGAUACUGCAUAAAGUAAUAGGAAUAAGACUGUUAUAUUUGUAAUGUGAAAUGUGACAUUGUUUUUUUGAAUUUGAUGAAAGAAACUGAGGACAAUGUUUACACAAUCUAAUCUGUUAUGAACUAAGUUGCCUUGUAUUAUACUGUAAAUUGCUUUGUUGUUCUCAUGAAAAGGUGAAUCUGAAUGUAUUUUGUACAUAAAUAUAUUUUGCAUAACAUGACUGGAUGAAUGGAGAGUGAGGUAUGAAUAAACAUUUCAAGU